CUCCCGACGGCUCUGAGCCUCAACCCCAUCCUUUUCGAGAAAAAAAAAUACACCGUUUCUUUCCUCCGUUUCCUUUCUCAAUCAAAACGAAUCCUUUGUUUUUUAUUCCAGCUUGACAGCGGAGUCGCCAUGGCCGCUGUCUCGUUUUCGCAGUUACUUAACGGCGAGAGAGCGGUGGUUACGCUUUUUAUUGUCAUCGUCCUCUUCUCUCUCCCUCUUUCUCUUCUCUUACACGGCGUCGCUCUCUCUCUCCUCGCUCUCUUUGCUCUCUCCGUCGAGGUCCGUGUCGAGACUUCCACUUCCUUGUCUCAAUUCAAAACCAGGGCAGGUGCUUCGUCAGGGCUACUAUUAGGUGCAGUUACAUUACCAACUUUUAUGCUUUCAAAAUUGAUACAGCAAUCAAGAGCCUUCUCAUUGCAUCAAGUUCAUCCUGGAGAACUUAAUUACCUGGCGUUGCAAUACUGGGCUGCAUUUGGUAGCUGCUUCACUGUGCUUAUGGUGCUCUGCUUACUUACAUUGGACAAUACACGAAGCCGUUCAUGUCAGGCAUGGAAUGCUAAGUUUGGCUUAGUAUGUUUUGUGAUUGGUGCAGCCCUAUUAUUUUUGUAUAGUACUACUGGUGUGCAUGCAAUAUGGAAACUUUCGUGGGUGUUUUUUCAUGGAUUCGCAGCAGUUAAGUUGGUGCAGCAUCUCCUUAAUACUUUUCCCUCAUGCGUUUCCUUUGGGGAAGCACUUCUGGUGACUGUGGGUCUUGUACUCUACUUUGGUGACAUGUUGGCCUAUACCAUUGAAAAGCUUUAUGGAUACAUGACUUCGUCGGAAUUAGAAUUUAUGCAAUAUGGAUUUAGGAGAAGUGAGAUUGGCAUUAUCAUUCAGGGUCUACUUCUCGGCCUUCUCCUCUACCUAGUUGUCUUGAAAUAUUUGCUCUGUGGAUGGGAUGGCUUUUCAAGAUCAGCCUACUCUGGAGCAAGGAUAUGUAGUGAGAAAGGGAAAUCUCUUAUAUUCUUCGCUUCCCUUGGUUUUUUGAUUGUUGUGAUCAUCCCUUCAUGGAUGCAGUUUGUACAGGAUUUUGACAUGCAUCCACUGUUGUGGGUGGUUAGAUUUGUUUUUAUGGAACCAGUUAAAAGACUAUCACUCUGUCUCUAUUGGGUGUGUGUGAUAUAUCUUUCUGUUCUGCGAUUCUAUAACAUAUCCAAGAAUAGUAAGAUUGAGAGGAUUCUUCUUCGAAAGUACUACCAUCUAAUGGCUGUUUUAAUGUUUCUGCCUGCUGUUAUCUUACAGCCUAAGUUUCUUGAUCUGGCAUUUGGUGCAGCCUUGGCAGUUUUCUUGACUUUGGAAAUUAUUCGAGUUUGGAGAAUUUGGCCUUUGGGACAGCUUGUGCAUGAAUUUAUGAAUGCUUUCACAGACCAUCGUGACUCUGACCUCCUCAUUGUCAGCCACUUUUCACUUUUAUUGGGAUGUGCACUUCCUAUCUGGAUGUCUUCUGGAUACAAUGAUCGACCCCUUGCUCCUUUUGCUGGAAUUUUGAGCCUUGGAAUUGGGGAUACAAUGGCUUCAAUGGUUGGCCACAAAUAUGGUGUCCUCAGGUGGAGCAAAACUGGGAAGAAAACCAUUGAAGGCACUGCAGCUGGUAUAACAUCAGUCCUUGCUGCUUGCUCAGUAUUGCUUCCGCAUUUAGCAUCCACUGGAUAUUUUCUUACUGAGCAUUGGAUCUCUCUUCUCCUAGCUGUAACAGUGAGUGGCUUGUUGGAGGCCUACACGGCACAACUUGAUAACGCAUUCAUACCACUUGUUUUCUACAGCCUUCUAUGUUUGUAAAUGCAGCUCUUACCUCAAAAUAAAUAAAUAAAUAAACCAAUAGCCAAUAAGAAAUUCACCUGGAAAUUACAUUAUAUCUGAUUGUUUCCUAUCCGCUAACACCAUUUUGUAGGCACACGUUACCAAUUCUUAGAGAAUACAAACAUCUUGUUGUAUAGCAUAUUCAUUUAUAGUUUAGAUUGUAUCUGGAUUAGACCUAGGAUUACGAGAGUCCAUGUUCAAAGCUGUAGAUACUGGUACUUUGGUUAUUCAUUGUACCACAAAUACAUGAUCAGAGCAGAUAAUUUUCGGUACAUGUUUUAUUUAUUGUAUUGUGUUGUAUUAAUGUAAAAGCUUAAUACAAGGUUUUAUUUUGGUUAA